CGGAAAUUUUUCCCCUUCCAGGUUUCCCCCCUCCCCUCCGCUGCCGGCGAUGGGCGCCGGCCUCCUCCUCGGCGAUGCCGCCGGCCUGGGGGCCCACCCCACCGUCCGUCGCCGGAGGACGCGCCUCUACCCCCGCGGCUGGCCCCCCGCGCCGCCCCUGCGCCCGCGGCUCGGGCUCGGGGCGGCCGCUUGUGUCUUGCGGAGCCGCGGACACGUGGCCAGGUUCGCGGCCUCCGCCUCGGCGGGCGGCGGGGACGAGGCCGGGGAGCUGUCGGAGGACGAGGCGCAGAGGGAGUGGGAGGCGGAGCUGAACCGGCGGCUGAAGGAGGCCGAGGAGAUGGAGGAGCUGGAGCGCACCGCCGAGCAGCUGCAGAGCCAGGCCGCCGCCGAGGCCACCGAGGAGUCGGAGGAGGAGAAGCGCGAGCGCGUCCGCCGCGAGCUACAGAAGGUGGCACAAGAGCAAGCGGAAAGGAGGGCGACGGCCAAGCAAAUGUUUGAAUUGGGGCAAAAGGCAUACGGGAGAGGAAUGUAUGGCCGCUCAAUUGAAUUCUUGGAGGCUGCACUUACUAUCAUACGCCCCUCUUCUCUCCUAGGCGGCGAGAUCCAAAUUUGGCUUGCAAUGGCAUAUGAGGCCAACAGGAGGCACAAGGAUUGCAUUGCAUUGUACAAAGAAUUGGAGAGUAGCCACCCCAUGAUCAAUAUCAGGCGGCAGGCAGCUGAACUCAGAUACAUUUUAGAGGCUCCCAAGUUGAAGAUAUCGAAUGACGAGGUGGUCUCAAUACCACAAAUUGGGAGCAGCUGGGAUUGGUAUGCCGGAACAUGGAGUGACAAAAUCAAGGAACAAGAGGACAAGAAAAGAAAGAUGAGUGCUGCUAGCAACCAAGUUCAGCCUUCCCCAAACAUCUUUGGAGACUUCUCCUUCUUGCGACGGCCAAACGAAUGGAAGAAGAGCGCAUGGGUGAUUGCUACUUUAUGGAUCCUUUUGAUCGGAACAGCAAUCUAUCUGCAAACAUGAAGAAUGCCCGCCAUUGGCAUCUUGGCCGGACACUGAUCCAUGGUUCUGACAGACUGGGAGGUGCUGCUAAUACGGCCUUGUCUCAGAAUGCUCUAAGACAAGAUAGGUCCUGGUGGAUUGUAUUUGUUAUUUGCUGUGCUAUCCAAGACUGGGGCAUAUACUCUUCUGGACUGGCGUGGGCCAUUUAUCAGUUGAAGGUAUUUUUUUAAUGUAAAUACUAACUACUGUAACUAGCAAAGUAUGAAAGUAAGCAGAUGGCAGAUGCUAGCUAGUUACAUUGAUUAGCAAUCCGUCUGUCUGCUCAUACACACUUGAUAUUAUUUGCAUCAGUUGAUCUGUAAGUUACUUUGGUCUGACCCUGAGCUGAUAUGGGCUCUGUGAAAAUUACGAGUUCGAUGGAUUGGUCAAUGUUCUGUUUUAACUAAAA